AUGAACGCGGUCCGGCUUCUGUGGUUUGUGGCGUUUGAUUGUGAUUUUGUUAGAGCUCUCUCUGUCACUCUCACACCCUCCAACGGUCGAAAGAGGCGUUCAGAUGGUUCCAACAGUUUGAGUCUAUCGACGGAGAUUGGUCGGAGUUUGAUCUCCGGUACUAUUUCCGGCGAUAGUGGCCGGAAAGUGGUGCGGGUGACCCGCUCGAGAAAAGGCGCCAGAGAGAGAGGCGUUGUGAAGCCAGUGUUCAAUGUAUAUAAUUGUAAAAAUGGACGUAAUAGUGUUGGUGACGGCGACAACAAUGAUGGUGAAGGCAAUGUUGUGAUGGUGCCAAUAAAGGGGUGUGGUGGUUGGGCUGCAAGAGAUAACAAUGGUGGUAAGGGCAGCGACAACAGUGAUGGUGACCGUUGUGGUUGUGAUGGCAAUGGUGGUGGUUGUAUUCAUGGUGGUGGCGGUGCCAACAACGAUGGUAGUGGCAAUUCUGGUGGUAGUGGUGACGGGUAUGGUUGUAAUGUUGGUGGUGGCAACAAUAGUGGUAGUAAUGGCAGUGGUGGUGUAAGAGGUUAG